UUCUGUAGGGCCGAGUGUUCCUCCCACUCUCUGAGAGUGAAUGUGUGGCCUGGAGGAUUUUCUGAGGGACCAUAUGGCACAAUACACCACAAUAUAGGUUCCUUUAAAUGAGGUAACAUGGACAAAGUGGUCAUCUGCCUCCUGAUUCUGGGAGCCGCUAUGACAAUGGUCCAUGCAUGUCCCAAAUACUGCGUCUGUCAGAACCUCUCGGAGUCUCUGGGGACCUUGUGCCCCUCUAAAGGUCUGCUUUUUGUUCCACCGGACAUAGACCGGAGAACUGUAGAGCUUCGGUUGGGAGGCAAUUUCAUUCUCAAGGUCACCACUCAGGACUUUGCCAACAUGACAGGUCUGGUGGAUCUCACUUUGUCUCGCAACACCAUCAGCAGCAUCCAGCCUUUUUCCUUUAUCGAUCUAGAGACAUUGAGGUCACUGCACCUUGACAGCAACCGGUUGACUGAACUGGGAGCGGAUGACCUACGAGGACUGAUCAAUCUGCAGCACCUGAUCCUCAACAACAAUCAACUAAAUCAAAUCUCAGAUUCAGCUUUCGAUGAUUUACUGCUGACUUUGGAGGAUUUGGAUUUGUCUUACAACAACCUGCGCAGUGUGCCUUGGGAGGCCAUCCGUAAGAUGGUCAACCUGCAUCAGAUAAGUCUGGACCAUAACCUCAUCGCCUUCAUUGCUGAGGGGACUUUUACAGACCUUGAAAAACUGGCUCGCCUGGAUCUGACAUCCAAUCGCCUCCAGAAGCUUCCUCCGGACCCGAUCUUUGCACGGUCCCAGAGCAGCAUGGUGAUGAGUACACCUUAUGCACCUCCACUCUCUCUGAGCUUCGGUGGAAACCCACUGCACUGUAACUGUGAGGUACUGUGGCUGCGAAGGCUGGACCGUGAGGAUGAUAUGGAAACAUGUGCCUCUCCAGCCAGUCUAAAGGGGCGCUACUUUUGGUCUGUCCGUGAGGAGGAAUUUGUCUGCGAGCCCCCGCUCAUCACUCAACAUACACACAAAUUGCUGGUGCUGGAGGGCCAAACAGCUAGUUUGCGUUGCAAAGCAGUCGGCGAUCCAAUGCCAACUGUGCAUUGGGUUGCUCCAGAUGAUCGUUUGAUUGGCAACUCCUCAAGAGCCACUGUAUAUGAAAAUGGCACCCUUGACAUAGCAGUCACCACAUCCAAGGACUAUGGCAUUUUCACUUGCAUUGCUGCCAACGCCGCAGGGGAGUCUACUGCCUCCAUCGAGCUAUCAAUCAUUCAACUGCCCCACAUCACUAACAGUACUAAUCGUACUACACUGCCAAAAUCAGGACUUUCAGACAUCACCAGCUCUACUAAGAUAGGCAAAGGGGAGCCAAAGCCUCCUCCAGAAAAGGUGGUUUCUGUAUCUGAAGUGACUGCCAUCUCUGCUUUGGUCAAGUGGACCGUAAGCAAAUCAACUCCAAAGGUCAAAAUGUUCCAGCUUCAGUACAACUGUUCUGAUGAUGAAGUUCUCAUUUACAGGAUGAUUCCCAGGACUCACCGGGCCUUCGUAGUCACCAAUCUGGUGCCGGGAAUGCAGUAUGACCUGUGUGUCCUGGCCAUCUGGGAUGACACCGCAACCACUCUCACUGCCACCAACAUUGUUGGAUGCAUCCAGUUUGUCACCACGGAAGAUUACCCACAGUGCCAGUCUCUGCACAGUGGAUUUAUGGGUGGCACCAUGAUUCUGGUCAUUGGUGGCAUUAUUGUUGCGACUCUGCUGGUCUUUAUCAUCAUCCUUAUGGUGCGCUAUAAGGUAACCAGUGGGAUUCAAACCAAUAAAUUACCCACUGUAAGUAACACAUACUCCCAGACAAAUGGGGGGGUGAACAGGUUCAAUGGAGCCCCACCACAGGUCAAGUCCACAGUAGUGGUCAUGCGUGAAGAAAUGGUGGAGUUUAAGUGUGGAUCCCUCCAGAGUAGCCUUUCUUCAUCAUCAUCGUCCUCUAACUCGUUGGACAGCCAAACAGGAAGAGGAGCAGGCUAUAAUGCGCAGAGCAGCGAAUGCAGCAACCUGCCAAGUACCAAGUUUAGGAGGCAUGUGCACGGCACUAAGGCUCGGCAAAACCUGGACCAACUUUUAGGGGCCUUUACAUCACUAGAGCUACGGGGUGCAGCAAAGGACCACCAAGGAACUUCUGUCUCCUCGUCCUCUGCUGUUGCCAAUCCCAUGACAACAGUGGCUGUGGCACCACCAUCUGACAAAGAACCCCUGCUUGGGAGGGCUGAGUCCACAACAAUGCUGGGGCGCCUCCUUGGGUUUCAACAUGAGGAUAAACCAAAGAGGAGUCACUCAUUCGACAUGGGGCAUGUCGGGGCAGUACAGUGUCGCAGCAGUCAGCCACGUAGGAUCAGCAACAUCUGGACUAAACGCAGCCUGUCUGUUAACGGCAUGCUUCUGCAGUACGACGACAGCGAGGAUGAGAAACCCACUUUUGAGAGCUCUGAGUGGGUUAUGGAGAGCACAGUCUGAGUCUAUGACCAAACAAUAGAUCUAUAUUAAAAACUAAAGAGACAUGAACACAGCGGGAUGUUCUGUAUGAACUUCAACCAUGUGAAUACUGUUUAAAUGAUUAUGUGACAAAAAUAAAGCUGACUGUCCAAGAUUGAAACUCUUGACUAUAUUUGAAAAAUGUUCCAUUCUGAAUCCACUGGAGAAAUUACCUACAUGGAAAAACUAUCUACAGAACGAUAAGAUACUCAUACUGGAUUUACGUCUUUAAAGGAACUGAACUCUAUGAGGACUUACUUCAACUGUGAUAACCUAUAUCACACGUUUCAGACUCAAAGUGGAAAUGUUCCAGCUGUAGAAAGAGGGGGACCACAGGAGCUAGUAUAGUAGAAAAUUAAAACAAAGUCAUUUUUAUUUUCAUGUUCUGUUUUUUAUCAUUUUUACUAUUUAUUAUUUCAGGUGAUUCACCAGAAGAAAGACUCACCUCAAAACAUUAAAAACAGGUUUACACAGGAUGUACCAACUCUCAUGUUGCCAUUUUAUACCCCUAUUUAUCAUCAUCAUCAUCAUCAUCAUCAUUUUCUCAGGUUAUGCAUGAGGUGACCGUAUGAGAAACAAAACAAAUGCUAACUUAAAACGCAGGCUGUGCUUGUACUCAAGUUUGUAAAAGUGUUUUUUUUUGUUUGUUUUUUUUGAGCAAUCAGUAUCUUAAACGCAGCACACAGCAGGCAGUGAUCUCAUUUUGAGAAAUCAGAGGAACUCAAAUUGGAAAAUUGAGCUAACAGCUAAUCAGAACAGGAACCACUCAAAACCAAAAGUAUGGAGUCUAAAACAAUUCAGUCAAAUCAAUAUGAAAUUGUCAUGUGGACACCGUUUGGUUUUCUUAACCAAAUUGUGUCUAUAUAAGUGUGUAUGCCCUAUAGAUGGUGGGUAGAAUAGCCAAGCUGUGAAUCACUGCUUCUCUGUAUUGAUGGGUCCCAGUGGAAGUAGCUUUGGUAGCUUUUUGGAUAUGUCCCAAGACGGAAAAAGCCCCUUGCCAGGAUUUGCUGUAAAUGCUAAAUCUUACAGCCAUCUUGAGGAUUCCAAACAACCUUGGGGCUCUUGUUUACAAGUCAGGUUAUAACUGAGGAAUAGAUUUACUUUGUGGAUGAGAUCAGCAUCUGCUGAAUGUGAUGUGGACACUGCAUCAGUGAAUAGUGAUGAAGAGAGAACUGAGCUAAAGGACAAAGCUUUCAAUUUGCACGCCAGUAUAUGUUCCAUCAUUCGGUUAAGGUCAUUAGUUGUGGGUAAUAAGCCAUCUGUAAGUGCAAUUGGAUGGAAUUAGCUUCCUUAGGAGGGCUGGAUUCUCAUAAAGAAAGGGUGAAGGAUUGCUCUAUAGAAGGUGCUCAUAUUAGAGUCCCAGUUUCUCAAUAUUGACAAGAGCCAACAAAG